AUGUCAGAGGUCAGUGGCAGUGCCCGUAAAAGGUCUAAGGAGAGUAAAGAGGAGCCGGUGGGUAAAGAGAUCCAGGUGUGUGUGUGUGAGGAGGAGAAGGUGGUGUGUGGGGUGACCAAACACACAACGUGUGCUGACGUGGUCCAGGCUCUUCUGGAAGACCACCGCUCGCUGCCCGAGUCUCGCCGAUCCCUCGGCCUCGCUGGGGAGCCCUCGGAGUUCUGCCUACUGGAGCGCUGGCGCGGGUUCGAACGUGCCCUGCCCCCCCUCACACGUAUCCUGCGCCUAUACAACGCCUGGGGGGAGCAGAAACCCAACGUGCGCUUCCUAUUGGUCAAAGCCAGCGAGUGUGCUCCUGCCACCACUAAGCCGGGGGCGGCAGGAGGCAAGCGGGGGGCGUGCCGGUCACGCUCGGCUGCUGGAGGGGGCGGCGGAGGGCCAGGGGGAGGAGCCAGGGCGCGGAGAUGGGAGCAAUGCCCCGCCCAGUACGCCAAGACGCUACCGGCGGAGCGCCAGAAGAGGCUGGUGAAGAAGGCCUUCAGGAAACUGGAGAGGAUACAGAGGCAGAGCCAUAGCAACCAGGGGAGCCAUAGCAACCAGGGUAGCCAUGGCAACCAGGGAACCCAGAGCAACCAGGGGACCCAGAGCAACCAGGGGACCCAUAGCACUGGAGCACACAGCAGCAGCAACAGCAGCCCUGUCUGCAGACAGCUGACAUCCACAGAGGCAUGUCCGGAGGUGCAGACCUUGGUGCAGCUGGUCAUCUCGCAGGAUGUGACGAUUCGGCAGCAGCUGCAGCGCAUGCAGAACCUCGACAUCCAGAUAGAACUACAGGAACGCAUGAUGCGACACCUGGACAUCCAGGAGGCGGAGUCUGCUGGUGAUGUCUCCGAGCCAAGGCUAGGAGGGGCGGUAUCUUCAGGUGACUCCUCCCCCUGCCGCGUCAGCAGCCUGACGGACAGCUGCGAGGGCCAAUGGCAGGGCUAUCUGGACACCAGUGACCAAUCGCAGGGCUUAGAGCAACUGGAGGAGCAGCUGAGGAGGCAUCAGGAGCUGAUAGAGGAGCUCAGCCAGGACAUCGACUCAGAGAUGCAGAGAGCGGAUUGGCCAAGCCAGGAUGAUGACACAGAGUUGUGUAUAGACCAUUGGCUGGCAGGUGGGGAGGAGGAUCUGGGGGCUGCAGCAGCACCUCUGGACCUGGGUGGAGCCGGACCUCUGGGUGUGGCCGGCCGUCUGGGUGGAGCCGGACCUCUGGGUGUGGCCGGACAUCUGGGUGAAGCUGGACCUCUGGACCUCCAUCCCCCAGAGCUGGUGCGUGUGCGUGCGGAGCUGGAGAGGAGCAUGCGGGCAGGUCUUCAUCUCUACAGCCAGACACAGGAGCUGCAGCGCGACCUCCAGCACCACGACACCUCCCUGCUCCACAAGGGCCAGGAGUGGCAGCUCCUCGCGGCCCAGCUCAGCGCACUGCAGCUGGGGGACAGCUCCCCGCAGCCCGGGCCCUCCUCACCGCUAAAGAACCAGAGCCAGGCUAAGGCGACUAGCGGUAUCAGCAGUGGGCCCGCUACAUCGCUAAGGAGCCAGGCUAAGGCGACUAGCAGUAGCGGUAGCAGUAGUGGCCUUUCCUCGCCACUGAAGAAUCAAGCUAAGGCUGCUAGCGGUAGCAGUAAUGGCCUUUCCUCACCACUGAAGAAUCAAGCUAAAGCUGCUAGCGGUAGCAGUAAUGCCCUGGCUAAGGCUAAUUGUAGCAGCAUUGGCCUGGACCAGAAGGGUUCCGGGGAGGAGAGGCGGAGGGUGGGCGUGAGGGGGGACUCAGACACUCGGCGGGUGGGGCCGGGGCUGGGUCUGACAGGGGACUCCCUAGAUACGGACUCGGAUACGGGCAUCAGCUCCACACACAGCCAGGACUCACUCUCGCCCUCCGUCAACCGCCGACCCACUCUGGACACCGACGUCUGAUCACCACGGAAACAGCUGGACACUGACGUCUGAUUGCCAUGGUAACAGCUGUAUUUGGCCCAGACAAUUCAAUGAAACAGCUGAUUAUUUUCACCACGCCGCUUCAGCCUAGCUUGGGGAAUCCUUUUCACCACGCCCCUUCAGCCGAGCUUGGGGAAUCCUGUUUCGAUCUGAAAGACAGCAUGGAUUCUAUCCUUCAGCAAGGGUUGCAGAUAUUGGGCUCCAAUCAGAGAGCGGGGAGGGGUGGAAAGGUGAUAAGUGCAGUUUGUUUGAAUACAUACAACUGACUCGAUUGGCUAUGGGCUACGUUAUAUGCCUAAUAAUACAUUUGUAACGCCCAAAAAGACAUCCAUGAGUAAUCAUAAACCACACCUGUACUAUGUGAAAUUGCAUAGGUAGUCUCCAGACUAUCUCACUUGUGAGAGGCGAGGUUCCAUCUGGUAGAUGAGCUAACUAGUGAUAUUAGCCUGAUUUACUAGCAGAACUGGCAGGACUCAAACUUUCUCAUUCCAGGUUUCUCCGUCCUCCUGAUCCAAGUCAUGUUAUGAGCAAGUCGUAAUCGCCUUGACUUCAUAGUGGUUCUUCUUGGACAUGUUUCUCCUUUGGGGAGGCAGAGUACCUGCUGGCAAAUCUUCAUCACUUACUUUGUGACUGAUGAUGAUGAUGAUGAUGAUGAUGAUGAUGAUGAUGAUGAUGAUGAUGAUGAUGGCCAUAGACUGUACACAAACACCAGAGCACUCAUACACACUGCACAUACGCACCACCAGUGCACUCAUAGCUGAAGUUGAUUAAAGUGAAAUAUGAGUGAAGAUCUCUGCAUUUAACCCAUUUUAGCCUAUGGCAACUGCAAAAAACCCUGCUGAAUGCCCAAGCCCUCCGCCUAUUAAAACCCAAAUAUUUCAGCCUCCGAAGUUGCAUUUAAAGUUUAAGUUGCAUUUAAGUUGCAUUUAAAAGCUAGGACCCUAAUUUUGCAUUAGACUGUGUUCUUUCAGCUGUAACACACCCAUAUUUUAAUUUUAAAGACUCAAAUCUAAAGUGCCUGAAUGCAGCUAAUAGGUUGCUCCAGGCGCCAAAGGUCAAACAACGUAUACACAGCAUCAGGUUAAAAUGGGUUGAAACAGACAGUCACAGUCUCAGCUUGUAAGUUAGUUUAGAAAGGCCGCCAAUGGCCACCUGCCUCCAUUUAAACACAAGGCCAAUGGCCACCUGCCUCCAUUUAAACACAAGGCCAAUGGCCACCUGCCUCCAUUUAAACAGACAGCCAGAAGAUUAGCCACCUGCCUGGAGGCCUCUGCUCUGAAUGCAGGAAUGCUAUUGAGGCUGAGGAGAGCACUUGAGGCCGUGUGUGUGUGUGUGUGUGU